GUGUUUUCGUCACUGAGUUUUCUGACGCUUCUCGUCGACUUUGUGUUUGGCGACAUGUUCAUGCUUUGGUCUUAUCGCUUCGAGUGUAGCUACAAGGUUCUCGAUGAGCUUCCAGACCGUGUCUUUCUGUGUUCUCGUCGUGGAGCUGCACAUCUGGAUGAUGUCAUGGGUGCUCGAUUGGCGAUAUCGACGGAGGUGACGGGCAGUGCGUGGGAUCCGCGGUAUUCGCUGAUUGCCGACAUCAGGGGCCUUCUGUGCGAGCUUCGGCGGCCUCGGUUAGAGGAGCUCCAGGAGUUGAUAGAGACCUUCCAAGAGUCGCAAGAAGACUUCGGCUUCUUUUCGGUCAAGUGCUUCUCGAGCGAUCGGCCGAACUAUGCAGCACUGGAGCCGGAUAUUCCAAUCCGGGACCUGGAAAAAAUCAUCGAGAUUCACCGGAAGCAGUAUCCUUGGACCUGGA